AUGGAGAAUGGAAGCCUAUCAACUGUGACUGAAUUUAUCUUCGUUGGGUUUCCCCAGCUCUAUGAUGGUGGUCUCCUAUACUUCUUUCCUUUACUUUUCAUCUAUACCUUUAUUGUUAUUGGUAAUCUAAUGAUUUUCUUUGCUGUGAGGAUGGAUAUACGUCUCCACAAUCCCAUGUAUAAUUUCAUCAGUCUCUUCUCAUUCCUUGAGAUGUGGUAUACCACAGCCACCAUCCCUAAGAUGCUCUCCAAUCUGAUCAGCGAUCAAAAGACCAUCUCCUUCAUUGGUUGCCUCUUGCAGAUGUACUUCUUCCAUUCCCUUGGAAACACUGAAGGGGUCUUGCUGACUGUCAUGGCCAUUGACAGGUAUGUAGCCAUCUGUAGCCCACUCCACUACCCAACGAUCAUGACUCCUCGGCUAUGUGUUCAGCUCUCUGCAGGGUCUUGCAUCUUUGGUUUCUUUAUCCUUCUCCCUGAGAUUGUAUGGAUUUCAACCCUACCCUUCUGUGGUCCCAACAAAAUCCAUCAGAUCUUCUGUGAUUUCAGUCCCUUAUUGAAUUUGGCCUGUACAGAUGCCUCCGUGAUCCUAGUGCAAGAUGUGAUUCAUGCUCUUGCCAUUCUAACAAAAGCUCUGAUUAUUUCUCUUUCUUACAUCAGAAUUAUCAUUGUGAUCUUCAACAUCCCUUCAGCUGAGGGCAGCAAAAAGGCCUUUUCCACCUGUACUGCCCACAUUGCUGUCUUCCUGCUGUUUUUUGUCAGUGUGGGCCUCAUGUAUCUUAGAUUUUCAGCUACUUAUACACCCUUUUGGGACACGACUAUUGCUUUGACAUUCUCUGUACUUGCUCCCCUUUUCAAUCCCAUUAUAUAUAGCCUGAGAAAUAAGGAUAUGAAAGAGGCAAUUAAGAAGCUCCUUUGUUUUCAAAAGGUCAUUAAUAUACCUGAGAGAUAA